UGGAGAGAUGUAUUGGGCGGGGAAUAGGAAGCCGAUAUGAAGCUGUAAAGCCGGAGAUCGCAUUACCACACAAGAUCAGGCUGUACCGGCAUCUUCCUGUACGGACAUUUCCUGUAAGGACGGUUUAAUCAUGGCUGAGAAAUUUAAGGUUGAGAGUCCCAAUGUACGCUAUUUAAAGGAUGUUAUAGAAGCCGAUUACAACUACAGCACUACCCAAGUGUAUGAAGAAAAUGGGGUUACCAAGGUUAAACCAUGUUCCACCAAGUUUACUUUCAGGACUGAAAAGAAGGUACCAAAACUAGGAGUAAUGCUGGUUGGCUGGGGUGGAAAUAAUGGAACAACCGUUACAGCAGCAGUGUUGGCCAAUCAAAUGGGUCUUUCAUGGAUGACCAAAUCGGGAAAGAAGGUUGCAAACUAUUAUGGGUCCUUGUUUCAGUCAUCAACCGUUUGUCUGGGCCGUGGACCUGAUGGCGAAAUCUUUAUACCUUUUCGUGAUCUCCUUCCCAUGGUCCAUCCUAAUGAUAUUGUCUUUGAUGGUUGGGACAUAUCAUCGCUGAAUCUGGCUGAUGCCAUGAAGCGAGCAGAAGUUCUAGAUUGGCAGCUGCAAGAGCAACUUAGGCCCUUCAUGGAAAAGUUUAAGCCCAGGCCUUCAAUCUACAUACCCGAAUUCAUUGCAGCCAAUCAAGAGGACAGGGCUGACCAUAUACUCCAUGGCACUAAAGCAGAACAGGUUCAGAAAAUUCGUGAGGAUAUUCAAGAUUUUAAAAGAAUAAGCGGAGUAGACAAGGUUAUUGUACUAUGGACUGCAAACACUGAACGCUUCUGUGAUGUGAUCCCAGGGAUUAACGACACUGCUGAUCAUUUAUUACAAGCUAUUGAGAUGGGCCUUGAAGUGUCUCCAUCCACAAUGUUUGCAGUGGCCAGCAUCCUGGAGGGCUGUGCUUACAUCAAUGGGUCCCCCCAGAAUACCUUUGUUCCUGGAGCUAUAGAGCUGGCAACAAGACAUUCUGUGUUCAUUGGCGGGGAUGAUUUUAAAUCUGGACAGACCAAGAUUAAGUCAGUUUUAGUGGAUUUUCUAGUCGGUGCUGGCUUAAAGACUGUUUCUAUAGUGAGCUAUAAUCACCUAGGUAAUAAUGAUGGGAAGAACCUCUCUGCUCCUCAGCAAUUUCGCUCCAAGGAGAUUUCCAAGAGCAAUGUGGUGGAUGACAUGGUUCAGUCUAACCCUAUUCUUUAUGGGCCGAAUGAGAAACCUGACCACUGUGUGGUUAUUAAAUAUGUCCCAUAUGUGGGAGACAGCAAGAGAGCGAUGGACGAAUACUCAUCAGAAAUAAUGAUGGGGGGAACCAACACCAUUGUUAUCCACAAUACUUGUGAGGACUCUCUGCUUGCUAGUCCACUUAUCCUAGAUUUGGUGAUGCUCACUGAGCUCUGUCAGAGAAUAACUUUCUGCACUGAGCAAGACCAAGACUUCCAGACGUUCCACAGUGUCCUGUCAAUUCUCAGCUACCUCUGUAAAGCUCCACUUGUGCCACAGGGAACACCAGUAGUAAAUGCCCUCUUCAGGCAGAGAAACUGCAUUGAGAACAUUCUCAGGGCUUGCUUGGGUCUGUAUCCACAAAAUCAUAUGAUGCUGGAGCACAAGAUGCAGCGAAGUUUUGUGAGUCUCAAAAGACCAAGCAAAGUUUUGAACCCUUGUCCAAUUUCCAAUAAGAAGGGAACGGUCCAGGUCAAAGGCUUUCAUCAAGACAUUACUAAUGGGCACUGUAAUGGACUGAAACAAACUGUCACCAGCAGUGACACUGAGAUAGAAAAUUAAUAGGUGGUCCUCAACUAUAACUUAUGCAUUUUUUUUAAAUAAAGUCAACCUAGAAGUUUGAAGUUCACACUACAACUCUUGCACUGAUAUACUGUAUAUUACUUGACCCAAUUAUUUGAGUGUUAUGUAGGUUCAUUAACCUAGAACUGUAGUUCUUUUACUGCUGCCUUGUUAUACAUUUGUUGUAGUUUGAAGUUAUUAAAUAGAACUUCGGGUGACUUGAUCCCUGCUAACUGUUCUUAUAGAAUUCCCCCUUGCAAAAUACAUUACAUUACUUGAAGGUUAGUUUUCAUGUUUAACCAUGUGUCCAAAUAACUUCAUAGAAUGCUGUUUUUGAAUAAGGGCUAUAACCAGUAAAAUCCAGCCAGCAGCUGUGUCUUUUGGAAAAGCUGUGAACUUUGUGUAGAAAUAAGUACAUAAUGUAUGUACUGGAAUAUUUGUGUGUGUGUGUGUCUCCUACUACUGCCAGCUCGCAUACACUAGGGCUGCAUAUUUAUAAUACCCCCCCACUCACAUAAACUGAGGGCUGCAUAUUACCAAUAUUCCCCUCCUAAUCUUCAUAUAAAUGGAGUUACUAAAAUAGCUCAGUUCUUACAUGGUUAUGUCUCUGAAAGCAACAUGAUGGCAAGGGCACAGUAAGCGCUGUUAUAAACCAUCACUAGUUUCUCUUCUGAUCUGUUCUUGUAACCAGUUAGAUAUUUGAAGGAUUACCAUGUUCCUCCUGUACCUUUUUCUAAACCCAAUUGUGCUCUCAUGAUUUGUGCUGUGGAGAUCUUUUGUUCUCUGUUCACAACUUUCACACUGAGGUGUAUUUCAGGCGUAUUAGCGCUAAAAAUAGCGCAUAAAUAACGCCUGAUAUACUCCUGCCCCACAUUCUCAAUAUGAAAGCCCCAGGGCUUUCACACUGAGGCGAUGCGCUGACGGGAGAAAAAAAAA